CAAUGUACACAAUUUUUAUCAAUUCUAACUCUCAUUUUCUUUAAAUUUAAUUAUUCUAAAACACUACAGAUCAUAAUAAGGUGAAAUAAGCUUAGUGAUGGCAUCWAGUGACUCAUUGACUGGGCCACCAUUGCGAUCGCGACCAAGCAGUUACGAUUAUUUUGACAUUGAUGAUGUUCUAGCAACACAAGACAAGAUUCCUUGUAAACUCGAAGUACAGAUUUUCAAUCUAGGAUUCUUAAACCCAAGCUCAGAGAACCAACACCUUGCUGCAGGUGCAAAACUGGACCUAUCUUACUGGCUGGCGAAGGAACUUUGUAGCAGGAGAAGAAGGGUUGUUUCUGUGGAUCUACCCAAGGUUUAUAGAGAAGGUUAUCGAGAGAUUCUACGAGCUGAUGCUAAUGUAGUAGAUUUACACAAACUAGGGCCGUAUUUUUAUGGUAUUGGUACUAAACUGAUGCACUUUGACGACGAAGAAAAUGCACAAAUCGUUAAAACACUACAAGAGGCAUUCACCAAGAGGUUUAGAAAACUGAUGGAUUCCUCUCAGAAUGCUCCACAUGAAGACACGUCAUUACUGACCAGCAAACUGGAUCACACUGAGAAACAAAUAUUUGAAGCUGGAAGAAAAGGAGUCAGGGACUUUCUCCUGUGGGAAGCAGGACAGAUGGCUAAGUUAACAACAUCUGAUACUGUUAUUAAUCAUAGGAAAAGGAAAAGAUCAGCUUUAGAUUGAUUGACAAAUUGGGAGAGUUUCCAAAGAACAAUGUGCCAUGGUACUGGAAAUCUGGGUUGCUCAUACAUCUGAAUGGCCUAUGAAUAGCCCAUUUCCGAGAUAUGCCUCGCUUGUCACAUACAAAGGUUUCAGUACGUGGCUACAUGCUAAAUCAAAUUUCUUCUUUUUUCCUGUCACAAAUCACUGAGGAUUAUGCCUGAAGCAUCACAUUGAAUCCUUUCUGCAUGACAAGCCAAAAAUAUAUCAGAAGUGGGCUAUUCAAACCACUUUAAAUACAUGCUGAAAGGGGGUCUUGUGGCUGGGACARAAGCUUUUCCUUGCAACAAGAUUGUCAUUAGAAGCAAAAUGUCACACAAGUGGAGCUUUAAUAUCUCURUUGCAUGUUCCCUCGUGUGUAUUAACUCUUAUGCAUAGUCUCGUAAUUACUUUAGACUAUAAGCCCAACUUGGAAUAAUUGCUAGUAGUGUAGCCUAAAGGAAGGAUAAUSAGUGCAGUAGGGAUAAUACAAGGACUGUGUAAUACCCUGUAAAGUAGGGUGGCUUAGAUUUGAAAAUAUAUAGGUACAACUAUUUCAAAAAACAUGUCAGACAGAGAUCUGAAAUCCAAAAUCUGAGACUGACUUGCAUGCUGCAAAUUGUAAUGUGCUCACAGCAAAACAACAUGGUUUUCUCUUAGUUUGGAAUGUGAAGCAUGACGUUUGAGCUAGAAUUGUGCUUUUCAGUAUAUUUGUCAAAAUACAUAAMAGCACAAAAAUUYUGUUUAGUCUCAGAUCSCUCAUUUCAGAUCUUGAUCCAACAACAUUGUUUGAAAUAGGUGUAUGACACUAAAUGGUUUUUGGGAACCAGAGACUUGAAAAUUCCUUUCCAUCCUCUUCACUGUCCUUGUAAUAGAUUCUUAAACAGAAUUAUCAAAGUGCUGAAUGURUCUUUUUUAAGAGCCUUUACUCUCAUGUUCUUUUUUGGUAUGGUUCUGAUCAGUCACUCACUUUCUAAUAAACCAGAAUCCUUUUUCUGGGUUAACAACUUUUUUAGAUAAAAUCUAUUUCAUCAUGAGAUGAUUUUCAAGAGAAGUGUUACAAUAAUGAAAUAAAUAUUUUUAAAGCCAAGCGGAGUCCAUACAACCUAUAAAUUUAGAGGGUAGUCUAAUCAACAUUUAUUAAAGUAACAAAAUAACUUUAUAUUACAAAAUAACUUUGUUUCAAACCAACCUUUUUAAAAUUAAUGUUAAUAUGUGAGGGACCACUGUAAUAAAAUAAAAAUAUUGGCACAUGCUGUAGUGGAUUCCCAGCCAUUAUGUAUGUAUGUAUGUAUGUAAUUAUCUUUGUGUGUGUGUGUAUGUGUGAGUGUGUUCAUGUGUGAGUGAUUGAAUGGCAAAGCUAAAUAGAUAAAUAAAUAAAUAAAGUGCCUAUCGUCCUUGCUAUAUACAUAUAAAAAGAGAUAACUAGCUAAAAACUAGUGUGAGCUGCGUCGGUGUUUCUAAUGAAACAGUAAUGAUAAAAAGGUAAAUUAUACACCGUGAAAAUAUGACACUUCGGACACUAGCCAUUCGUCGGAGUAAUAUAUGUAURCAUAUAUUAUACUUAGUAUUGAUUCUACGAGGGAUAAGAUGAUGAACGAACCAAAAAAAUUCAUAAUUUGAGUGCGGCUUCUUGAAGUUGUAAAGGUUUUUUUUUGUGCCAUAUGCUAAUGACUGUGACAUAUGAGGAGU